CCCUUCAAUUUCUUAUAAACCCAAAAAGCGGAACACCUUUUCUUUGUUUAUUUAUAGUUCAACCCCCCCGCUCCCUUUUCUUUUGCUUCAUCAAUAUUUUGGUUUUAUUUUUAGAACGAUCAUUUUUGCCACAUUCUAAAAUCGCUCAAUAUUCUACCUCAGAGAUUGCAAAACUUCUCAUUUCUUUCAAUUCUUUGUUCUUCUCUUAGUUUUCUUUUUUUGUGUCUGGAUCUUGUAUGGGGCAGCAACCAUCCAAAGAUGAGCUUGUGUAUCAACGGGCUAGCAACGGCGAUGUUGAAGGGAUUAAAGCCCUUGCAGCAGAAGGAGCCGGCCUUGAGUGGGUUGAUAGGGAAGGGAAGACUCCAUUGAUUGUUUCCUGUACGAAACCAGAGCCUUAUAACGUGGCCAAAACGUUACUAGAACUUGGCGCCAAUGUCAAUGCGUUUGCACCAGGCCGUAAUGGUGGAACGCCGUUGCAUCAUGCAGCUAAAAGAGGGUUGGAAAAUACUGUUAAAUUACUUCUUUCUUACAGAGCAAAUACUUCGAUAAUUAAUGAUGCUUGCCAAACUGCAUUGGAAGUUGCCAGAGCAGCAGGGCACAAGAAUGUUGUUCGUGCCAUUGAGAAUCAUAUUAGUCUCUUCUCUGGUUGGAUGCGGGAAUUUUAUGGGCCGGAGUUUCUUGAAGUACUAGCUCCUCAUUUCCUUUCACGGAAAGUCUGGAUAGUUGUUUUACCUUGUGGUUCUCGAAAUCCUAUGAAGCCUACCAAGUUGGAGCUUGCCGUAUAUGCUAGCUUACAGGAUGCCCAGCCUCGUCUAGUUAUUCCAUUGUGGAAAUCAUAUUUAGAGGAACAUAGGUUACAGGAAUCUGAUCCGUCUGUUGUCAUUGUCGACAACACUCCAAACCUAACCCCAAGAGGAGGGAGGAGGCGAAGACGGAGUUGCCACACCUCCUGGGAAGCCAGAUGUCGAUUUCGAAAAUCAAAGACUGGACGCCUUAGACUCGCACCUGCUAAUGAGCACGACAGACAACAACUUCAAUGGUUUUGUGAUGCUUGCAAAGGGAUUCCUCAGCCAAAGGUGCAAUCUACAGCUUCGCAUGAUUACAAGAGCCCAAUCAACAUUGCGACGAUAUCUCCCGGUGCUGAAGAUCCGGAGCUCAUGAUGGCCAUAAAUGCCUCUAUUCAGUCAGCUAUGCAGGAAAGAGGACAGCUUCAUCAUAAUCCUCAUUCAUCGAGUUCUGAAGCAGGUGCCUCCAGUAGCGGCGCAUUACCUCAACCUGCUCCUCCUAAAACAAGUUCUAGCAAAUGGACAGUGCACGAAGCAAGCCACGAUGCUUGUGCAGAAACACCAAAUGAUCCUGUCCCUGUCAUCCAGAUCAUGCAUCCUCCAAAUGCAGUUCCCACAGCUCCACCUGUGGUAGCCAAUACUUUUGAGGCUAGCACAGGCACAGUUGACUACCCGUUGGUUGAUUCUGACUCUGCAAACGUCAUACCAUCUUCAUCAGUUGGGAAUGAAGGGAAACAAAGUAACGGCAACUCGACGUGUGUCAUAUGUUUGGAUUCUCCAGUAGAAGGAGCCUGUGUUCCCUGCGGCCAUAUGGCUGGAUGUAUGUCUUGUCUAAAUGAGAUCAAAACCAAGAAUUGGGGAUGCCCAGUUUGUCGCACCAAGAUCAAUCAAGUCAUAAAGUUGUAUGUGGUAUGAUGAGCCUACAAAUCAAUUAGCACAAUCAGAUGAAGUAUCGUUGAACUUGGUCCAAUAUAGUUUGCGUUACAUAUCUUUACCUAUGAUACUUACAUCAUAUAAACUUUUGAAGUCACAGAUGUAAAUUAUUUGGAUGGAAAGAAGCAGAUUGUUUUACAGUUACAACUUCUGCUAAGAAAAAGAAAAAAACGGUAGUAAAAUGAGUAUUAUACUCAUAAAUUAGGCUCUAGGCGUAUGUGUGUAUAAAUAUAUUUUGUGUAUGAAUUUGUUUAUUUCAGAUUACGAGUUUGUUCAUUCGUUGUUUACAUCUAGUUUUUAAAGGUGUGCUUUAAUAUGGUGAA